CCACCAGCAGGAUGAAACAGUGCUCCUCCCGAGGCCACCCCUAAAAGGUACCGGGAUCGGACCCAAUCCCUGGAGUCUGCCAGCGCGGGCAUAGAGGUCCGAGCUCCUCACCGGCUCCUAUACCCAGUGUCCGGUGGCACCGCCUCUGUUCCUCCUCCUCUCGGGCAUGGGCUGCACCCUGAGCAAGACUCUGUCCUCGCUGGUCCGGGGCUCGGAGGGCCGCAAGGGCUCCAACUCCGGCACCGGAGGCUCCGAAGCCGACCCCGUGGCCGACCCCCCUCCCCCGCCGCCGCCGGACCCGCGUCAGCCGCUCACGGCCAGGCAGAUCUUCAGCAUCUCCAAGUCGUGGAAGGCGAUCGCCCGGGCUAUGGAGCCCACAGGCAUCGAGAUGUUCGUCAGACUGUUCCAGGAGAAGGAGGACCUGCUGGACCUGUUCGAGAAGUUCCAGGCACUGCGCACCAAGGAAUCUCAACGCGAGAGUAUGGAGCUGGCACAGCACGCCUCGGUGGUCAUGACCACGCUCGACGAGGGCAUCAAUGCCCUCGACAACCUCGACUACUUCAUGAGCUACCUGCACAACGCGGGACGGCUUCACUACAAGAUCAAGGGCUUCAAGAAGGAGUACUUCUGGCACAUCGAGGGACCCUUCCUCGCUGCCGUGUCGGACACCCUGGGUGAUCGCUACACGGACAAUAUAGAAAACAUCUACAAGAUCACCAUCCGCUUCAUCCUACAGACCCUCAUCGAAGGUUUCGAAGAGGCCGAGAAGGAGGCAGCGCAGCAGGCCCGAUGAACAUGGCGCACCUCCGAUAGUUUCAAACGCACACACACAAGCACUGUGGGUACGCGUGUGCCGCACGCAGGAAAGAUGGUGGUGCCACCAUUGCCUCUCGCUUACAGCGUCGUGUCUUUGCGACGGUUCUUCGUCUUUUUGCAAGCUUGCUCUGCGUCCGGCAAUCUCGUCCGCGUCAUUGAGCACUCGUGUGACAUGACUCUCUCCCCUUCUCUGUGUCAGGGCGAGACGCUGCACCACGUGCUGUUGUUGUUUGUGAGCUAAGCAGCUGCAGUUGUGUGCGUGACCUACGCUGCAGCCAUUUUUUUAUUAUUAUUAUUGAGGUGGGAUUUGAGUACGUUGGUUCAAGAGGAGAAUUCACACCUGUUCCCUUUUUAUGUAGAGUAGUGCUCGUCUUGAGGGGAACCACAUCCCCCAGGGGCUUGGCGUAGCGCUGUAGUUUUGUUUUUGUUAUUGACUAUUGUUGCGACAGCUAUGUCUAAGCUACCAACCUAUUUUAUGUUGUGUACCUCUCUGUUUUAAAUGUGUGUCCCAUCAUCAGUUUUGUAAACUUGUUCGAAAUGGCCGCUAAGCCUUUUGUGGGGUGAGUUUUCGAGCCGUAAGCCGUAACGGCGUGAUUUGUUACAGUGGAAUAGGAAUGAUCCGCAGGUACCCUCCGUUACGAGUAGGUCCUCCACUUUUUCUCCUCGAGAGUCGACAGAUAUAUAUAUGGGCAGACAAACAGGCAGGGAGUGUAGCUUGGAAAAGCUCCUCCAGGAGAGCCAGAGGACAUCGUAAAUCUUGGAUUCAAAAUCUAAGACCAGAUUCACGUGAAAUCAUUGUGUAGACGCAUCUACGUUGGCAAGACUCGCUUGUGCUUGUGGGAGUAUUGGAGAAAGGAAAAAGCAGCUUUUGUAGGCAGUGUCUUUCAGCGUUGCAGCAUAAAGCGUAGAUGAGCAGUCAAACACGCUAAAAAGUGGAUAGAGGAAACGCACAAUCGAAAAUUGGGCCGAAAUGUCCUGUGAGAUCCCAAAGGAAAGUGAGGAAGUGAGAUAUUCCUCAGCCUUCAUUAACUUUUUUUUUCUAUUACCGACACGCAAUCGCGUCAAUAAUUCUAGACCCGUGUAAAUCAGCAAAACAUAUUGGAAAGCAGCAUAUUUGCCGUGGUUUCCUCUAACCCUGUAUUUCGAGAGUGUUUGGCUGGAGUUCGGCAGUCUGGGACAGUUGAAUCACAGCCCUAUUUUUGUACCUGCGACCUUGGAAGCAGCGUGUAGCCAACAACACGACCUUAUUCGAAGAAAGCAAUUCAUCACUUGGAUCACGAGCCGACGGCGGCCCUUCUACUUGGCACAAUCCACGCGGAGAGAAAACACCGAGAACACGAAUCCGCCCUAAUAGUCCAAGUGCCAAAGUGACAAAAGUACAAACGCACAGUGGACGGAGCAACAUGUGAGAAGCCCGCCAAGACGUCCCCCCCUGGUUCAGUUACACUAUGGUGCCUGAAACGCGUCUGCGACCGGUGUGUCGAUCGCGUCCUAAAAUGGGGUCCCUGGAUUUCCGCCUAAUGACGUCAUACAAGUAGCAUGUUGGCGCCGGCCGCGUUCCUGGCGGUGUCGCAGCAGCGAUGGAUGAUGUUGCAGACGCCUGUUCUGUUGGGAGACGCCUGUCCUAUUGCAGAUCGCUCUCCAGGUUUACAUUUCAAGGAAGUUUCGGCAGCCGGAGUUUGGACGCCGUGACUACUGCGACACUCGCUUUCAACCGUGCUUCUUUUUUUUUUGUUUUUUUUUUUUUGUAGUUUGUUAUUAUUAAUUGUUAGGAUCGUGAAAUCUAAGAGUAUAACACUCCGACUUUUGUGGCGUCAUUGUGUCUACUUCGGGUUCGGAACCACUUUCGAUGCAAAGAAAAAAUACACUCUAAAAAAAAAAAUUUGCUCGUAAAAUAACUUUUAAGGGUUCCUUGGUUUGUGCAAUUUUUGCAGCCUGAAAUGUUCUUGUAAGCACCCCUCAAAAGGGUUCUCCGUGAAAAACCUAUAAGGGGAUCUUUUAACCUCCUUUUUUUUGACGCAAGGGAGUUCUUCAUUGCCCAGUUGCCUUUCUAGUGCGCCGGGGGGCGAUAGUGCUUGAGGCGAGACCGUUCUUCACCAGCUGAAAGAGCUCCUGGGGCGUUAAAGAACUUUUUUUUUCUUUAGAGUUUAGGGCGCUAAAGGCAUCCGUCGGAGACUCAUUUCAGGCACCGUAGCUACGCAUAGAAGAAUUCCAAAGUGUUUUUUUUUUCUUUAGGUGCGGCCGGCAAGCUCGACAGUUGCUUUCCAAACCAUCCAUGCCGUCACGCAAUCGCAGCCUGAUCAUGUGUGAGCGUACGUUAGCAGAUGAAGAGUUUUAAAAGAGGCUCGCGCCUCAAACCGGGAGCCUUCAUUGUUUUGUCUUCAGUUUGUAAAGCCACCGUACGCGAGUUCCUGUCGCCUCCUAGUGUCUUCUGUCCUUCCUAGAGUGUUGAAUGCUUGUUCGUGACUAAUGAUACAUCACUCCUGCCUCCCAGAAAUAUCUAGACCUAUCCGAAUCCUACGGGUCAAGUGAUUCAGGUCAACCUUAGAGAUUGUCUUACGCUCAUUGCUCUCCAACCACGCAGUAUCGUUCCAGUGUUAGCUCAAUCACCCGAAUUUCAGGAUUAGUUUCUAUGAACACCUGAGCCUUCAAAAUUGCAGCUUAGCCUGUUACACCUUGUUAUCGAUAACUAACUGACAAGAUCUCGCUCCGCCAUGCGCAUUUUGUUUAUAUUUUGAGAAAGGGGGUUCGUCAGCGAGCUUUGUGUUCAUCUUAUCUUACGCUUUAUACUUCUCAGUCUGCACCCUCUGAUCAGAUCUUAAAGCAACUUCCAAAAACCUCGAGAAAUUCUAAAUUAUCUACAGAAUAUUUUACUAGGAUUUAGUAGUAUAUUUAGUAACUAAAUGAAAGGAACCGCCUCUUGUUACUGCCAUUAAAAAGUGUGACUUGCGGGAGAGCUUCGCUGGCAGUUUCUCACUCGCUGUUUGUAUCCUUAGUAUGUCAGUUGUUUUCUUUUCGUAUGUUGUCACAGUGUUGUAUGAAAACAAAAAAAAAACUCUAAAGAGCACUUAAUGUGUUUUUUUUUUCGAAUAUACAAAAAAGAAAAGUUGAGUCGUAACAAGACAGCUAACGUCGAAGAUCAGCAAUCACCAGCUAAGCAUGCUUCCACACGUGUUUUUUCUGCCUCCUGCUAUGACCAAAUUUUCUUUCUACCAAUCUUAAGACAAAUCAAAGAC